AUGACCCAGCAAGCCGUGUCCCCUACCACCGAGAUGGAAUCCCACUGGGCGGGCAGCCUCCCAGCCUACGAUACCACCGAGGCACGGGCGUACCCUCCCGAUGAAAAGCGAGAGCCUUCAUCUCCAGGUCCCUGCUCCAAGCACGGCCCCUCUCAAACCCCCCACCUCGACCACGAACUCCAGCAACCCAAAGCCAAGGGCUUCGUCACCGCGCUGAUCGCCGCGCUGCAGGACGCCGUGGAAGAGGGCCACUGCACCGAGUGCGCGUUCGAGAAGACGGCGAGUAUCUUGACCGCGUACGCGCAGGACAUGCGGCGGGCCAAGAAGAGUGGUGAGGUGAAGUGGUCGAGGGAGGAGAAGAAGGCGCUCAAGUCGGAGAUCAAAAGCGUGUCGAAGCGGGUCAAGGGGCAGGUCAAGGCGGGGAUGAAGGAUCGGGCGCAGUUGUAG